AUGGCUGGCUCCCCAACAGGCCUCAUUCAUGUCUUUCUCCUCUGUCAGUUCACAGCGUCAGCAACUUCUGGAGCCAUGAAGGAGCUGGUCGGAGCCAUCGGUGGGUCUGUGACUUUCCCCCUGACAUUCACAGAAAAGCAGAUUGACAGUAUUGUCUGGUCCUUCAAUAGAACCACUCUCAUCACCAUACAGCCAGGCACGGAGAGCAAAAACGCCACUGUUAUAGUGACUAGCAAUCGUAAUAGGGAAAGGGUGGACUUCUCAGGUGGAGGCUACUCCCUGAAGCUCAACAAACUGAGGAAGAAUGACUCAGGUUCCUACAGUGUGCAGAUACACAGUUCAUCAUCCCAGUUUCCCUCAACACAGGAGUAUAUGCUGCAUGUGUAUGAGCAAGUGUCAAAGCCCAAAGUCACCGUGGGUCUGCAGAGCAAUAAGAAUGGCACCUGCAUGACCAAUCUCACAUGCUACAUGGAACGUGAAGAAGAGGAUGUGACUUACAGCUGGGAGACCCUGGGGCAAACAGUCCCUGAGUUCCAUAAUGGCCCCAUCCUUUCCGUCUCCUGGAGAAUGGGGGGAAAGGACACAGCCUUCAUCUGCAUUGUCAGGAAUCCCAUCAGCAACAGCUCCUCAAGCCCCAUCCUUACCAGGAAGUUCUGCGAAGGUGGUGGUGGCCCGGAUUCCCUCAUGGUCAUCCUGAUUCUCCUGUUGGGGCUCAUCCUGCUCAGUCUCCUUCUAGUGGGAAUAGCUAUUUGGUGUUUGCAGAAAGACAAAGAAAAAGAAUCCACUGAAAGGAAGGAGAAAAAGGACACUCAUCAGGAAAUUUCUAACUUCUGCUCCCAUUCUGGAGAGAACACAGAAUAUGACACAGUCUCUUACAUUGCUAAAACUGUCCCAAUGGAAGAUCUAGCAAGUACGCUUUAUUCCACUGUGCAGAUUCCAAGAAAGAUGGAGAAUCCCAACUCACCACCAACAACGCCAGACACACCAAGACUGUUUACCUAUGAAAAUGUCAUCUAG